UCUCUCUUCAUUCAUCAUCUUCUUUUCCCGUCGCUCGCUCUCUCGUCUCCAGUUGAAUUUGAAGAUAUUUUGUGAACACUGCAUUCGAUCUGAAGGCAAUCAUCAUUAAUCUUGUAAGUCAUGGGGGUGGAUUUAACUGAUCCCACGCACCGCAGAAGUGUUGAAAGACGUGAUGGAGGUGACAAUAUGAGGGAGAGAUGGACAGGAGACUAUGGUGGUAUGGGGGAAAAUGAAUCUGACGAAGCACUAGAGUCUGGCAAGAACCGUGGCAAAGAGAAGAGCAAAAGCAGUGGCCGUAGGGAGGAGAAAGAUCACAGGAGUAGGGAUCGAGAAAGGUCAAAGGUCCUGGACAAUAGUAAGGAAAAUAAAGAAUCUGAGAAAGAUCGAUCAUCCACUAGGGAUAGGAGGAAAGAGGACAGGGAUGAGAGGGAGAAAGAUAAAAUUCGUGAUAAGGGCCGAGAGCAGGAUACUGAACGAGACAAGCACAAAGAAAAAGAGAAAGACAAAGAGCGAAGGGACCGUAUAAAGGAAAAGGAACGGGAACGUGAAAGGGAAAAGGAAGCGGAGAAGGACGCCGAAAGAGGACGGGAUAAAGAAAAAGUAAAAGAGAAGAGCCGAGAUAAGGAUAGAGACAAGGAGAAGGAAAAAGAUAGAUCAAAGGAUAAGGAGCGAGAAAAGCACAAAGAUAGGGAGAGGGAAAGGGAAUUUGCUAGACAUAGAGGUAAAGAUACAGCUGAGAGAGAGAAGGGGAAGGAGAGAGACAGAGAGAAGGAAAAGCUGGCAGAGCAAGAGAAGGAUAGGGCAAGUGACAGAGAUAAAAGUAGUCGAAAACAGAAGGACGAGAGCAAGGAUGGCCAAUCUAGAUUUGAGAAUGAUUAUAGUCACAAUCAAACUAGUAAGCACCAAGUUGAUAACUCUGAUGCCAAGAGUGGUGCCAAAAGUCUUGACCAAACUGAGAAGGCUGAUAAUCGUGAAUCAACAUCUAAGUUAGAGCAGCGUAUUUCUAAAAUGAAAGAAGAAAGGUUGAUGAAGACGUCUGAAGGUGCUUCUGAUAUUUUGUCUUGGGUUAAUAAGAGCAGGAAGAUUGAAGAGAAAAGGAAUACUGAGAAGGAGAAAGCAUUGCAGCUUUCAAGAAUUUUUGAGGAGCAGGAUAAUAUGAAUGAUGAAGGAAGUGAUGAUGAAUCAGGAACUCAAGACAUAGCACAACACUUGGGUGGAGUCAAAGUUCUCCAUGGACUGGACAAAGUACUUGAAGGGGGUGCAGUUGUGCUAACUCUCAAAGAUCAAAGCAUACUCGCUGAUGGAGACAUCAAUGAAGAGGUUGAUAUGCUUGAAAAUGUGGAGAUUGGAGAGCAAAAGCGAAGGGACGAGGCUUAUAGAGAUUCAAAGAAAAAAGUUGGUGUUUAUGAUGACAAGUUCAAUGAUGAAGUGGGUGUAGAGAAAAAAAUGCUUCCACAAUAUGAUGAUCCUAUCGCUGAUGAGGGGUUAACUCUUGAUUCGAGUGGAAGGUUUUCUGGUGAAGCUGAAAGGAAAUUGGAAGAGCUCCGAAGAAGAAUUCAAGGAGUGUCUGCAAGCAAUCAUGGUGAAGAUCUGAAUCCAAUUGGGAAGACAUCAACAGAUUAUUAUACCCAAGAAGAAAUGGCCAAAUUUAAGAAGCCAAAGAAAAAGAAGUCUUUGAGGAAGAAGGAUAAGCUGGACAUAAAUGCCCUUGAAGCUGAGGCUAUAGCUUCUGGACUGGGUGUUGAGGAUCUUGGUUCUAGGAAAGAUGGGAGACGACAGAUUCGUAAGGAGGAAGAGGAUAGAAUUGAGGCUGAAACGAGGAGCAAUGCUUACCAAUCAGCAUUAGCUAAAGCAGAUGAGGCAUCUAAGUCUCUCCGGCAAGAGCAAGGGGUUACCAUGCAGACAGAGGAAGAAGAUGCACCUGCUUUUGGUGAUGAUGAUGAUGAACUCCGGAAAUCAUUGGAAAGAGCGAGAAAAAUAGCCUUGCAAAAACAAAAUGGAACAGAAAAAUCUGGCUCCGUGGUUAUUAAGCUCCUAGCCUCUCGUGAUGCCAAUGUGUCAGCUUCUGACAAUCCAAAUGAAAGUUCUGGGGAUCAACCAGAGAAUAAGGUUACCUUCACAGAGAUGGACGAGUUUGUUUGGAGCCUACAACUUAAUGAAGAAGAGAAAAAACCUGCAAGUGAAGAUGCCGUCUUCAUGGAGGAAGAUGUGGCACCCAGCACAUCUGAUCAUGAAAUGAUGGAUGAAGAUGGUGGCUUGACUGAUGUACAAGAGCCCACUCCAGAUGAGACCCACACAGAGGAAAAAGAAGAGGAGGUGGCUCCAGAUGAGACAAUUCAUGAACAGGCAGUUGGUAAGGGUCUAGGAGGUGCGCUUCAACUUUUGAAAAAUCGUGGGACUCUCAAGGAAACUAUUGAAUGGGGUGGGCGAAACAUGGAUAAGAAGAAAAGCAAACUUGUUGGCAUAGUAGGUGGAGAUGGAACUAAGGAUAUAAAUAUUGAGCGAUUAGAUGAAUAUGGCCGGAUUUUGACACCAAAAGAAGCUUUUCGUCUACUCUCGCACAAGUUCCACGGGAAAGGCCCUGGAAAGAUGAAACAAGAAAAGCGAAUGCGGCAGUAUCAGGAAGAGUUGAAAAUAAAGCAGAUGAAAAAUGCUGAUACACCAUCACUUUCAGUUUCAAGAAUGAGGGAAGCUCAAGCUCAGCUUAAAGCUCCUUAUCUUGUCUUAAGCGGCAAUGUCAAACCAGGGCAAAGUAGCGAUCCACGGAGUGGUUAUGCAACUGUAGAGACAGACCUGGGUGGGGGCUUGACACCCAUGCUUGGUGAUAAAAAGGUUGAACACUUCUUGAAUAUCAAACGCAAGCCCGAGCAUGGAGACACUCCUUCUCCAAAGAAGCCCAAAAAGUGAGCACACUAUAAUUCCAGUGCAGAAUGACGUGACAUUUGGUCGUAACUAUUAAGCCUGUCUUCUAAUAGCACCGUAUUUUUGGGAUCUGUCGGAAGUUCGAUGUCACUAUCUUUUGUGCUGAGUUAUAAGUGUUAAUUUCACCCCUUCAAAUUGGCAUAUUAAACCGAUACCUUACUUUCUUGAGGAGUUUUGGUACUUGCUAGAUGAUCUAUCGUUUUGUACAUUGGAAUUGUUUGGCAUAUGACUGUUUAGUAUCCCUGCUUUUAUUGAACUUUUAUCA